GAGAAGUCUCCUUACCCAUCAUUCCUUGCCGUAAGGUCGUUGAUUAACCCGGAGGUGAAUCUCGCUUUUGAGAAACGCCGCAAAGACAGACGUGGGAACGAAGCAAGCGACGUCGGUUUACUGAUUUUUUAACCAAGCACAUUUUUAAAAAUUGUUUUGGUUUAUUGUUGUAUUGUUUCGAUUUUAUGGAAAAUGGGAGUCCCAGCAUUUUUUCGUUGGUUGAGUCGGAAGUAUUCUUCGAUUAUUGUUCAUUGCGUGGAGGAGAAGUCAAAGGAGUGCAAUGGAGUUCGUGUACCCAUUGAUACCACCAAACCAAAUCCAAAUGAAGUUGAGUUUGAUAACUUGUACUUGGAUAUGAAUGGAAUUAUCCACCCCUGUACACACCCUGAGGACAAGCCUGCCCCGAAAAAUGAGGAUGAAAUGAUGGUUGCUAUUUUUGAAUAUAUUGACCGCUUGUUCAACAUUGUUCGUCCAAGAAGAGUUCUGUAUAUGGCUAUAGAUGGAGUUGCCCCCCGUGCUAAAAUGAACCAGCAGAGGUCCAGGCGAUUCCGUGCCUCUAAGGAGGGAGUGGAGCUUGUAGAAGAGAAACAGAAGAUGAGGGAAGAGGUAAUCCAGAGGGGAGGAUAUCUGCCACCCGAAGAAAUUAAAGAGAGGUUUGACAGCAAUUGUAUCACACCGGGCACAGAGUUCAUGGACAACCUGGCUAAGUGCCUGAGGUACUAUGUUGCUGACCGGCUGAGCAAUGAUCCAGGCUGGCGCAGCCUUACGGUCAUCUUGUCAGAUGCCAGUGUUCCUGGGGAGGGAGAGCAUAAAAUAAUGGACUACAUCAGGAGGCAACGAGCUCAACCAAACCAUGAUCCCAACACACACCACUGCCUUUGUGGAGCUGAUGCCGAUCUGAUCAUGCUUGGGCUGGCCACACACGAGCCCAACUUCACCAUCAUCCGGGAGGAGUUCAAGCCCAACAAGCCCCGGCCCUGCGCCCUGUGCGGUCAGGUCGGCCACGAGAUCAAAGAAUGCCAGGGCGUGGCCAGAGAGAAGCAGGGCGAGCACGACCAGUUUGCCGAUACCAUCCCGGUCUCAGAACAGGAGUUCAUAUUCAUUCGCCUGUCUGUGUUACGGGAGUACUUGGAGAGGGAGCUGACCAUGGCCAGUUUGCCUUUUCCCUUUGACUUUGAAAGGAGCGUCGAUGACUGGGUCUUCAUGUGCUUCUUUGUCGGCAAUGACUUCCUGCCCCACUUGCCCUCAUUGGAGAUCAGAGAGGGUGCCAUCGAUCGUCUGGUCAAGAUCUACAAAGACGUGGUGCACAACACCGGGGGAUACAUUACGGAGAACGGCUUCGUCAACCUGGAGCGAGUAGAGCUCAUCAUGCAGGCUGUCGGCGUGGCCGAGGACAACAUCUUCAAGAAACGCAAAGAGGACGAUGAGAAUUUCAAAAGGAGAAUGAAAGACAAGAAGAAGAGGAUGAAAGCGGAGCAGCGGCCUUCGUUCAUGACCACGGGGCAGUUUGCUCCCCAUGCCCUGGGUGGGAGGGACCGGCCUCAGGCCGUUCACAACGCCCGCCACACCGCCUUCGACAUGAGGAUGCAGGGCCGAGACCAGCAGAACAAGGACGCCGCUCAGUCUUUGAAAGCCAUGAUGAGGAACGGCAACCAGUCCGCUGGGCCCAGCGAUGCCCUGGAUGGGAAGGGCACCAAGAGAAAAGCCGAUGACAGCGACAGUGAGCCGGAACCCGAGGACAACGUCAGGUUGUGGGAAGAGGGCUGGAAGCAGCGGUACUACAAGACCAAGUUCGACGUGGACGUGACCGACGAGGCCUUCCGCCGCAAAGUGGUCAAGUCCUACGUGGAGGGCCUGUGCUGGGUCCUGAGGUACUACUACCAGGGGUGCGCUUCCUGGAAGUGGUUCUUCCCGUUCCAUUACGCGCCCUUCGCCUCAGACUUCAAAGACAUCAAGGAAAUGUUCACCGAGUUUGAAAAGGACACCCAGCCUUUCAAACCUCUGGAGCAGCUGAUGGGUGUGUUUCCUGCUGCCAGCGGGAACUUCCUGCCCGAAACGUGGCGUACGCUGAUGAGCGACCCGGACUCCUCCAUCAUCGAUUUCUACCCCGAUGACUUCGCCAUCGAUCUGAAUGGGAAGAAGUACGCUUGGCAAGGCGUGGCCCUGUUGCCGUUUGUGGACGAACGCAGGCUGAGGGCCGCUCUGGAGGGUGUUUACCCUGACCUCAGCACCGAGGAAAUCAAACGGAACAGCCUUGGGAGCGAUGUGCUGUUUGUGGGCAAGUCUCACCCGCUCUGCGACUUCCUGCAGGAGCUGUACAGCGCAGGUUCGAGGGAGGGCACUGCGAUGCCUCCAGAACUCUGCCAUGGAAUCCAAGGUACAUUAAAUCUUGAUGAAGAUCCUAUUCUACCAGAUAAACCUGUCGAAUCCCCCGUUCCUUUGUUGAGGGACCUUGCUCAGAACAUGGCCAUCGGAAUACAAUUCAAGGAUCCGCAUUUUGAAGUGGAGUUUGUGUUCAAAGCUGUCGUCCUGCCCGGUGCCAAAAUGCCCUCAAAGGUCCUGAAGCCAGGGGACUGGGAGAGGUCCAGCCAUGGCCCAUGGAGGCCACAGCUGGGGUUCAACCCCAACAGGCAGCCCGCCCACCUGGAUCAGUCGGCCUUCCGUGCUCUUGGGCACUCCAUGAACAGGGGUGGGCAGUACAGCAACGCCCCGCCUCCCAGCAACUACAACCAGGGCAACUAUCACCGUGGCAACUUCCACCAAGGCAACUACCAGCAGGGCAACUACCGCCCGCAACAUGGCGGCCACAUGCAGCCCUAUCAAACAGGUCCCAGGCAACCUCCCCCCUUCAAUACACAGGCAUACCCAAGGCAGCAGUACGGACAACACGGCUGGAACAGGGCGAUGCAGUCUCAAGCAGGGGCCUACCAGCAGAAUCAGCAGCGGGGGCCAGGAGGCGGGGGCAGCUACCAGCAUCAGCGAGACGGCAGCCGCGGGCAGCAGCAGGGAUACAACUCUGCAAGGAGUUACCCUUUGCCGCCUCCAGAAAGAAGAUGGAAUUAGUCUGGGUCCUGGCUUUAUAUCGGGAUGACGGAGAAUGUUUUUGUUUUUUUUUCUUAUUUACUUUUUUGUACGAUUCGCUAUCAAUUGUAUUUUUCCUCUAAUUUUACUGAAGUCUGUUCUUAUGACAUGAUUUUUAAGAUGUAUGUGUGAAGCACCUCAAAUACAAGGGACUCCUGAAUAA